AUGCAAGCCUUGCGGCCCAGUCUUCGCGCAACACGGCCACUUUCCGGUUCCAAUGUGGCCAGGUGCAUUCGAAAUGGGCCCUCUGCCUCAUGUCCGCGUCUGUUUUCGACGUCUGGGGCUCGAAUGAAUGAAGAUGCCACUCAAGAGGAAAAUCAUGGUCGCAAAAAUGCCAAAUCAGAUGAACCGUCCAUCUUUUCCAAAAUGGGCGAGUCUGCGGCCACCACCUUUGCCUCAAUAUUCGUCUUGGGUGCAGGAUUCGCAGGUGCAGGAUAUCUCUACCACAAAUUCUACAAAAUGCUCGUACUUAAGAAGAUGACGCGAGCUUUUGAGCCUGGUGACCCUGUACUGGAGUUGGCUGCCGUGGGCAAAGACGUACCUCAUAGCCAUCCUCCUGGAGAAGAGCACUGGGUACGCCGCCCGGAACAAGAUCACAUUGACCGCAUCAUCACCGGCCAAGAGGUCGGGCACUACUACCUCAUCUUGGGCGAGAAAGGCUCAGGGAAGAGCAGCAUGCUCAUUGAAGCAAUGCGCAAGAUUGACGGCGAUGGCGUAGCCAUGUUUGAAGCACAUGCUGAUCCUGAGAUUGUGAGGAUACGGCUGGGCAAGGCACUGGACUACGAGUUUCACGAGGACUAUAUCGGCGGAUACUUUAGCGAGAAAGGUCCUCGUGACAUGGGGGCUCUUUUGGAUAUUGAGCGCGCUCUGAACAAGCUGGAAAAGGUGGCGAUGAAACUGUUCCGAAUACGACAAAAGCCUCUGGUUGUCAUUGUCAAUCAGAUGCAUCUCAUGCGAAACGACGACGUCGGCAGAAACCUCAUUGAGCUUUUGCAACAACGUGCUGAGCAGUGGGCCGCAGCAGGAUUGGUGACCAUCGUGUUCAACUCUGACGACUACUGGGUUUACGAAAGGUUGAAGCAGCUAUCGACUAGGAUGGAAGUGCUCCCUGUGACUGACUUGCCAAAGAAGCAAGCCAUCCAGGCUCUGCAGAGAUACCGCACGCGAUAUUUUGGAGAAACAAUGACACAGAAGCAGCUUGACGAUGUGUACGACCGGGUUGGCGGGCGAUUGAGUUUCCUGAACCGUGUGGCAAAAAGUCAUGAUAUGCUGGCUACCUGCGAAAGGAUCAAGGACAUUGAGAAGAAAUGGUUUCUCAACCAAUGUUGGAUAAUGGGGACCGAAAUGGAUGACGAUGUCAUGGACCAACAAAAAUGGGCGGCUGCUGCCAUGGUCUUGGCGCAUGCUCUCGUUGAGAAAGAGGACAACAUGGCCAGCAUAUACGACCCUGUCGUGGGCCACAUCUUGCCGACCUAUCCUUUCCACGUCGCUCAAGAGAUCAUGACACGAUGCGACUUCAUCAGAGACUUGGACAGCCUGAACUUAUUCACAAUUACGAACCAAGCAGACGUGCGGGCUAGCAGCGUGCCGAUGCACCGGGCGUUUAGGGAAAUUUGCAGUCAACCAGGCUUUAAGGAACAUCUGGAGAAUACCAUUGAGAGAAUUUCAGCCAUUGAGAGCUUGGGCCGAACGAGGGAACUGGUUGCCAAGGAUUUGGUUCUUGGUGGACAGUAUGAUAUCCAGCAGGAGCGCAACAAGGUUACGGUCAAGUUGAAGAUGCCAGAGGAGGAGAACAAGGACGAUUAA